AUGUUCAACUCAGGAGAGUGGGCGCACUCUGUCAACUCCCUGUUGACCUCUGUUACGUCCACCAAUGACUACUUGGACGAGUCUUUGGCUUCUGUUGUGCUCGUUGCCAAGUCUCAAAGUCUUUGCUCUCAGCAAGGUAUCUCCCUGGCAAACCUUUGGAGGGAUCUCACUCAGCCUAAGCCAUCUAAGAAACAGUUUGAGCAAUGGUAUGCUAUGGGCUGCAAGUUUGCAGCCAUAGUAGCCGGUGGAUCUAUCUAUGCCCUUGUUUUGGUUGCAGGCUUGAACUUACGGGUUCAACUUGGUGAAAUGGAUGGAACAACACCAUGGGAGAUAGCCAAUAUCUUUAGGUGGCCAGUUGAAUCUACUGUGAGUGGACAGCUGGCUAUCUUAGAUGUAGGUACAACAUCUUCAGUACGCUUCCUGACUCCCUUAUCCGAUCUUGAUGACGUCCUGCCUUGUUCUCAACCACAAUCACCAUCAUUACCACCAGUUGUCCUCCCUGAAAUCUCUAUGCCAGAAUCAAUUCACAUCACUCUCCUGCCUAACUUCCAGCCCUGCCUAGGCUCCACCACAUCUCUACAUCAUGUAGACUCAGCUGUUGAAGGUGAAGGCUUCACAUUUGAAGCUCUACAUUUCUCUUGGUACAACCGCCAUUGUACAAAAGGAAAUAAUGCACCCAAUAAUAUUCCCCCUUUGAUGAUGAAGAGAAAACUUAAAACAGUAUUUGCUGAUCUCUUUGAAUGGAUAAAUGAAAUGCUUGCUAUUUAUCUACCUGCUGAAUAUUCGGUACUCAGACAACAUGCUGAGUUACUCCCUGGUAACAAUGCCUCUGCUGUCUGCCCAUUCUUAGGUUUUAUGGUCAAUAUCAAUGUUUCAACCAAGGCUCACAGGAAUGCCAAGGACAAACUCUUUUGUCUAGUCAUACCACUGGGUCAGCAUGAAGGGGGAGAGCUUUGCCUCGUUGAGCCUGGCCUGGUAGGGCAGAGGGGCUCAAUUGUCUUGCAAACUGAUAAGGAGAUGGAUAAUUGGAGGAAUGGGCAAAAUGAAGCAGCUCACAUGGUGGAGGCUGAGGAUGAUGAGGAAGAAGAAGACUUGGAUAGGCCUGAUGUUGAUAGUGAAGAUGAAGCUCUUCAUAAGAGGGCCAGGAAUAGCAUGGAAGAGGAAUUAGAAGAUGAAGAUGAAGAUGCUCUGAUGCAGACCUUUAAACGCUUGACAGGCAACUCACAGAAAGUUACUCCCUCACCUUCAUUGACCCAGGAGCUGGACAAUCCUUGCUACGAACAAAUAGUGUUAUCAUUGCAUACUAAUAUUACUGCAUCACCGGCUGAAAGUGUCCGGUUGGUUAACGAUAAGCGUAAAAGGAAUAGCAAUAGUUCUCCUUCAUUAACACCUUCCAGAGAUUCCAAGGCCGUUAUCACUAGCUUUAGCUCUACCAGCUCCAGGCUGGCUAAAGCAGGACAUUCUCAAAUGCAUGUCAUUCUUUCUACUGUGAAAGGCUUCCCAGGUACUAAUGAACGAGAUAAACUUGUUUGGAAUGCGAUCAUCAAAGUUGCAAGUUCUUCUUCACUAUUCAAGACUACCGUAGUAGAUUUGGACAAUGCAAGGAACAAGCAGAAAAAAAGUAGAAUCAUUGAUUAUGUGUGGACGGCUGCAGCUCAGCUUAGAGGUGAAGUCAAACAAAAGGCUAGGAUACUCAUUCUCUCAGAAUACGCCCUCAAAGACAAGCUGCCAAAGGAAGUACGUACUAUAGUGGAGUGGUUGUUGAGUAAUGGAAAAGGUGUCUUUAUAUUUGGUGGUUUGGAUAUUUCUACUUAUUCAUAUGAUAAGCAAAAACCUUUUGGAUAUUGCAUCAUCAAGCUACUAGUUCAGGUUCAGUGGUUCCAUAAAAAGGGGGAGGGCGUCCUCUAUCCAAGUGAUUUCAAAGACUCACCUUUGCCAUUAAUUGCCUUGGCUGUUACAGCUGUUGAAAACUGUCUUCAUGAACUUGCAAAAGGUGUUUGCACCACCUUGAAUUUCUCUGAACAGGUCUACAGGCCCAGGUUAGAAGAGCUACAAAGGAAGGCUCCUAGGUGGUUUUUGCAGUUUCAUAAAAACACUUACAACGAUAUUCUUCAACAGUGUGACUUACAGUACUUGAAUGCACAAGAGGACAACUGGGAGGAUGAGGUUGAUUAUGCAGCGCUUGAAGAUUCAGCAUCCUUAUAA